GGUGGGUCUUGGCACAGGCGAUUCUUUUCCUUGGAACUUAAAUUUGGUAAAAUUUAGCGGCAGCUUUUCUUUUUUAAUUUUUCCUACUACAUCAGAGGGGUAUUAUAGGGAACUAAAGUAAAACCUAAGGACAUUUCCGACCAAUGAAAAAAACAUAUGGAAAAUAUAAGAAGGGCCGAGAAAAGCAAAACAAAAAAAAAGUUUAAUAAACCAGAGAAAAUAAAAAAGAACCCUCCUAUCGAGUUCUGUGAGAUCUGCUCCAAAAAAAAAAAAAAAACUGGUGGAGAAGAAGAGGUGGUGAAUCGAGUUAUAUGCUUACGUGGUGAUGUAAAAUAUUUAUAUAUUCAGCGUUUUAUACAUCUUCUUACUUGUGUUUGGUUUCUUUUGGGCCAAAGUUUUUUUUUUGUGGGUAAAAUGAGGAUUCGGAAGAACACGAAGCUGUCAUCGGUUCUUUUAGCGACAGCAGGUUGCGGCGGAGAGAGACCGGACACGUAUGUCUGUCACUUAAACCAGUCUCCAUGGGAUGUGAUUCCGGUUUCUUCCUCCGGCGAUUGCGAGUUAACGAACCUACUCGACUCGUCGUGGUUCCUUCCUUUAUCGUCUUCGUCUUCUUCUUCUCCGCCUCUCAUUCGCAAGUUCAAUGGAGAUGAAGAUAGCUUCAAUGGGACUGUGAGUUUGGGAGAUUGUAAUGGCGCUGCUCAAAGCUCCAUGAGAAGUAAUCACACUCUUGUCUCCGUCGAGAAGCUUAAUCUCAAUGCGGCGGAGGAUAAGUACGAUAUAUCCCCGGAAGUUGAAGACCCAAUGGAUCAGAGCGCUAGCUAUGACAAGAAAUCUGAAGCUCGCGAGCCUAAUUCGCCGGUCAAAACCUCCGGCGAUGAUGGCAAAGUGGCUGUAACAAUUCCGGCGCCGCCUAAACGUGGACGGCCACGUGGUUCGGGCAAGAAAGCUUCCGCUCCCGCAUUGAAGAAUCCGUACGAGUUUUAUUAUUACUCUGGUUUCGGCCCACGGUGGGGUAGGAAAAGAGGCGGCUCCGACGACGAGAAGAUGGUUACGAGCGAUAAUAAAAAGAGUAGAAGUAGCACUACUAGUAGCAGUACUAGUGAUGAAGAGGGUAAUAAUACGGCGGCGUUUGGAGGUGGGAGUGUUAGUUUUGAUGAGUUUGAUUUUGUGGAAGAGGAUUAUGACGUAAUGGAACAAGAUCAAGAAAGUGAUCAUGGGAGGAAGAAAAAUAAAGAGAAGAUGAUAAUGAUGAAGAAGACGAUGAAGAGAGGAAGGAAGCCCGUAAAGGAAAGGUCUUUGAAAUCCCUCAUGUGAAAUAUUUUUGCCUUUUGAGGGCAUUUCUGUCUUUUCCUCUAUUGUUGUUGUCUGUUUUUGUUGGUGGGAGGACUUGGUCUGUUUGUUUAGUUCGGGAACUUUUGUAGAAAGAUUUUCUACAUCUCUGUUGUAUUUGGUUAUAUGACUGUUUUAGUUUUCAAAUUAUUUUUCUAUCGACUUUGAUGUAUCUCAA